CUUAGUAAAGAACAGUUGAGAACCUAAAAGGUCCAUAAAACUAACGUUCAUCCGUUCACUAGCCGGUCUGAAUCUUGGUUAUUUAUCUCGUUAACGGUCGGUUCACGUUUCAGCCGGGGGAACCACUCACAGGGAAAUCAGAUUUCGACAGUUUAACACCAGGAGUAACGACGCAGCGCUUAUUCGAGGGGAAAUCGGCGGUAUUUGGGUGGAGAAAUGACGGGGAACUGUGUAAAGGACGUUGACCGGUACCAGAACGUUCUCAGCUCACUGCUCGCGCUGCCGGAGAACAAGUUCUGUGCCGACUGUCGCGCGAAAGGUCCCAGAUGGGCGUCCUGGAAUUUGGGAAUCUUCAUCUGUAUCCGCUGUGCUGGAAUCCACCGGAACCUGGGCGUCCACAUAUCCCGGGUUAAAUCUGUUAACCUGGACCAGUGGACCCAGGAGCAAAUUCAGUGUAUGCAGGAGAUGGGAAACGCCAAGGCAAAGCGUCUCUACGAGGCCUUUUUACCUGAGUGCUUCCAGCAGGCAGAGACUGACCAAUCAGUGGAGACUUUUAUUCGGGACAAGUAUGAAAAGAAGAAAUAUAUCGACAAAUGUAUCGACAUCCAGGCGUUCAGAAAAGAGAAGAUUGAUAACGUAAUGAAGGAGCCACCUGUUGUUUUCGAGAAGAUGAAGCUGAAGAAGGAUUCACCUCAGCAAUUCAAGAACAGUCCAAAACAGUCGCUGUCUGUAAAUGACCUUUUAGGGCUAGACACCCCUGUUUCCUUAGCUCCUGUAGCCAAUGGAAAGGCAAGUCCUGAGCAAAGUCCUGCGCUGGAUCUCUUCAGUUCCCUGCCUGCUUCCAGCUCACAUUCAGCCCGGAGCACACCUGGCUCCAGUUCUGUACCCAGUUCUAUCCCCAAAGGCCGGGCAGCAGCAUCAGUACCAGAAAACCUUAGCCUCUUCCUGGACCCACCGUCCAAAAGUGAGGAGAGCAGCAAGAAGAUGUCCAAAGAUUCGAUCCUGUCACUGUACAGCAGCAUAACACCUCAGACCAGCAUGGCUGGUCACGCUGGCAUGUACAUGGGAGCACCUCAGAUGGGCUAUGCCCCUGCAGCUGGGUACGGGCACUACCAGACUCUUCCCACACAACCUGGUGUGAUGGGAACCAUGAUGGCCCCUCAGAUGAACAUGAUGGGGCAGCCGGGUGUCAUGGCGCAGCCAGGCGUGGCCGCCCCCUCUCCGUACAUGGCCGGAGUACAGGGAGCUAUGAUGGGAGUGCAGAGUGGCAUGAUGGGAGGUGUAGCGCCGAUGCCUCAGCAGGGUUACACGGUGCAGCAGGCUCAGCAGUUACAGUGGAACGUCGCACAGAUGUCUCAGCAGAUGGCAGGUAUGAACGUUUACGGCACAAACCGCAUGCCUGGAUACGGGCAGCCCAUGAUGGGCGGGACCUUGGGUCAAGACAACAAUCAAACGCUUGGCUCUCAAGUGUGGAAGUGAAAGCACUGGGAUAAAUGUGAUGAAUGUGUGGACUUGAGAUCACCGCAAUAAACUGUGUUUGGUUUGGAGGGAAGAUUGUACGCUCCUCAUCGAGCAUUCCACAUCCACGCUGAAGAGGGAACGUUCUCUUAGAGGAUCAAAUUCAUGAUCAAGAGUCUCUACCUCCACCGAUUUCAUAGCCAUUAACUUGUAGGACCAGAGAUAAACGGUCCGAGUGUUUAUCAUGUUCUCUGCUCGUGAACUUUUCAGCUAGUGCUUUCCUAAGCUAGACCCCAAACGUCUGCCACUCAGUCCUUCACUUUCUUUGAAUUUUGGUUUGCAUGCGGGUGGGAAAAAUGGGGUCGGGUUAUUUAUGCCUUUCCAGCUUUAACACUGUUGGUGUGUAAACCCAAACCCUGUUAUCUGGACUUCUUAAUAAUAAUAAUCAUGUCCUUCUGAUGCGUACUUUCACUCUCUAUACAACAAGUGCAGGUUGUAUCCUUAUUUUAAUAACAGCCUAUAACAAUUAUAAUCAAUUUGAAAUUCAUUUGUAGUUGAUCAUAUUAAAAUAUAACAAUAUGAAUAUUUACAUUUUUAGCAUUUAGCGGGCACCUUUAUCCAAAGCGACUACUGGCAGUACUGUGAUAAUUUACAGAUUGAUCCCCAGGCGGGGCGGACCGGGUCCUUUCUGUGUGGAGUUUGCAUGUUCUUCCCGUGUCUGUGUGGGUUUCCUCCGGGAGCUCCGGUUUCCUCGUACAGACCAAAGAUAUGCAAGUAAGGUAAAUUGGAAAUAAAUAAACAAUAAAUAAACAAUAUAAGUUAAGGGCCUUGUUUAGAGGCCCAACAUCAGCAACCUGGCAGUGGUGGGGUUUGAACCACUGACCUUCUGAUUACUAGUACAGUAUUUUAACCGCUACGCUACAACUGCUUUUUUUCUACUUUUGGUGCUGGUACAUCAGAACCACCUGUAAGUAGACCAUUCUAAUGCUGCGUUUUUCAACCUUCGGGUCGAGACCCCACUUGGAGGCUUUUUAAGAAGUCUUCAGUUAUUAUAUAGUGGAUACAUAGUUCUGGAUAGCUGGGUCCAGAUAACAGGGUCUGGAUGUUACCCUUCUUUCAUAAUGGUCAUAGUGGUACGCACAUAUACACUUGCAUGCACUGAUUGGUAACAAGUCCAUAUAAAGUGUCACGGCACUUUUGAUGAUUAUGUUCCUACCUUAAAUGAUUCGUGCUGCUGUCUUGGUGUGGACGUUCCUGUUGAAUUUCCUGCUGCUCGAUGACUGGAUUGUAUGUACUUGUUCUCCUUGGGUGAUCCAGGGUAUCUCGUCUCGCUGUCGUCCGUCCACUGUUUCUUCUUCUCACUUAACUCAGGAGGGGAAUUUGCAAGGGAUUUGUAAAAGCUCAAGCGAGAAAUGUCGUAGCCAAAGAAUUGCAGCUAAUCUAUAGGAUACAUUUCCAUGUACCUAACGAGUCCUGUGAGAUGUACACUAUAUCUGAUAUUUAGAUGUGGUCGCCUCGCUCAGAUCCACGUUCGACUGCAUCAACAGAGCACUAUUUACACUAUCUAUUCUUCACUGUGGGUGGUGCUCUUUCGUAAAUGAGGGUCACAAUCGAUGUAACUGCAGGGUUUUAAUAGAUGAACCAUACCUCUCAGCUUCAGUCUGUACAGAGACCAAAUGAAUGUCUCUCUUACUUGAGUCUUUUGCUUUCGACUGCAAGAUUGUGAGAAGUUGCUCGGAUCUGGGACGUGUUAGUAGACCCGGCUCGUGCUGACGCUGAUUCGUAUGCGCACCGAGAAUUCACAGCAGCUUCCUCAGAAAUAGUUAUUAAUCGAACAUGUGAAACGUUCAGACAUACAUCCGGUAACUGCAUGUUAACUAAUUAUACAGGAAAUACAUAAUGAGUAUAGUAAUAUUUCAGUUGCAUUUUGUAAUCACGUGAUCUGAUGGUUGCCUUUUCAGAGAUCGAGCACAUCCUGAUGUCCACAGACUUUCCAAAAUUUGCACUUGUGUACAAGACAUAGACCCUCAUUUAAUUCAGCUCUCCUGCUGCUGUAUUUAAAAUACAGGUUUUUAUUUUAUUUUAUUUUAUUUUUUCCCCUCAUGGUUCACAGUAGUGUAAGUGCAAAUCCUAAUGAGGGUAUUUUACAUUUACUCUAGCUGCAUACUCUAAAGGAAUAUAUAUAUUUUUCUGAUCUCUGAUCAGUUAAUUGCCCCAGACAAAAAAGAGAUACAUCAUUCUUUUUUACCUGCACUACAAUGUAUUACCGACUUCAUUUCCCAGACUGCUUUGCACUGUUGAUUACAUUUUGAAAAGAUAUGUGCAGCACAUAUGUUUUUGACCCUUGAAGGACUAUUUCAGAAACUUUUUGGGCAAAUUUCUUUUUUCUACUUUCAAAAGAUGUUUUCUCAGGCUAUCAGACAGGUUAAUUAGAGUUCACAUUGCAGAGUGUUGAUUCGUGGCAUGUGAGUCCUGAGUGUGUGUGAAAUACAGAAAAUUUCCUCCAAACUGGCUGUUUUUAUUAGUGAAACAUAACAGUUCUUGUUUAAUUGUGAUCAGCAGACACACACAGCCAGCAUUAUUUAUUCACCACAUGCCCAGAGGUGUAACAGGGUCCUGUGGUUUAACUAAACUGUUUAUGCUGUGCAAAGUUUGCUCAUGUUUUGAGGUCUAACCAGUGAAUUUCAAGCCAAGCUUGUUCGAAUCGGGGACACAUGUUCACCUUGUACUAGUACUAGUAAAAUAGUCCCAAGCAACCAUGAUGUGUGAUGUGUGGUUUAAAUCCAAAAUAAGCAUCAAAUCCAUUAAUAUAACUUAUAAUUGGCUACCAUUACAACAAACUGAAAAUCACCUUCAGUAAAAUCACACACGAGCACAUUCCAUGUAUUAUUUUGUCUGGAGCGUUUCUGGAAGGAAUGUCUUUAUAGUAUUUUAUUUCUCUAAUCUAUUAUGUUUUUACUGCACUUAUUACAGAAGCAUUUAUUCGAUUCGAGACGUUGGUCAAUACUGUUCAAGUUUAUAAUAAAGAUUUAGAUGAUUCAGGAAAUCAUUUUUAUAAAUUAUUUUGCUAUUAAUGCUGCACUUAUAAAGCUAAAACGUUUUGUUUUCAAACACAGUUUGUCUACUUAGUACAGAUGAGGGGAAAAAUGAGUUGUAUCUUAAUGUGGACAGUGUUACCCAUGUUUUUGCGGCUUCUGAUUAGUUGCAGAUCUGUUUUUUAAGCUUUUUUGAUAACAUCUGAUCGUCCGAACAAAUUUCCUUUUAGGACCAGUCAGUUAUAAUAACUAGCCAGAAAUGGCAAUGCCUUGCUACACAGUUACCAGACUUUGCAGAACUUUGUACACCACAGCAUAAUAAUAUUGCUGUAUGUAUAUUUUUGACACGUUUUCCUCUGAUAGCACUUGUACUUCUUUGUCCAAAAACAAACAUCUCUUGGCUGUACCAAAAGUCAGCACCACAGUAAAUUGUUCGCCCGUAUAUUUGUUUUGGUACAGUUUAUAUGUUCCUUCCUGACGCAUCUCUCCCAGCUAUCCAGGUUUGGGACUGACACUAGGUGUGCACUUAUAAAUUUCCCCCCAAUGCCCUUUCUGGUGCAACUUAUUUUAUCCGGUCUUGGGAUCAGCACUGGAAGCACAUUUGAGUGCACCUCCCAAUAGCUGAGCUCUUAAAUAGUGAAUUAUUAUUGGAUUAAAAACAAAACAUAAGCAUUUAAAUCUUAUCAGACAGUGAAAUCCUAGAAAUCUUGCAAUAUUUGAAAAUAUAAAAUGUUACAGUGCAUCAUUAGUCAUAUUUGCAUCUGUUUAUCGAUAAAUCUUAGCAUGCACUUGCUCACCGCACAAAACAUACCAUCAUAAAUUGUUAUUUUUAUUAUUAACUUAUGUUUUUUAUAUAGUGCACGAUGAUAAACGUCUGUCAUGCUUUGCGUCACAUGAUGCUUGCUGUAGAAUUUAAUUCAUUCAGGCCGAGGUAACGCUUGUUCAUGUUGGUUAUACGGUGCUAAUGCAGGUCGGGUCCACAUGACUGAGUACAGAGGAGUCGUGGAACAUGAUUCUUCUCUCUGAUUUCUCAUUUCCAAAGUGAAUCAAAGUGCUGUGAUUCUCAAUCUCAAACCUGUGCUGAGUGUCGUUUAUUAUCACGGUUCACAUUUCUGAAUGUAUAUGAUCGUGUAUUGUUGGAUGUGUAAUGCUGAAUUAUAUCUGCUUCCUUUUGAUAUGUUAUAGGAUUUUUUAAAUGUGUAUAUAAUAAAGGCAAAACUAAGUAAUGAA